AUGAAAGAAGCCUCGUCGCCACUCACCAGUGAAACUUCAUCUGGAGUUGAACGAGCAACGGAAACAGAAGAAGCCUCGUCGCCACUCACCAGUGAAACUUCAUCUGGAGUUGAACGAGCAACGGAAACAGAACAAGCCUCGUCGCCACUCACCAGUGAAACUUCAUCUGGAGUUGAACGAGCAACGGAAACAGAACAAGCCUCGUCGCCACUCACCAGUGAAACUUCAUCUGGAGUUGAACGAGCAACGGAAACAGAACAAGCCUCGUCGCCACUCACCAGUGAAACUUCAUCUGGAGUUGAACGAGCAACGGAAACAGAACAAGCCUCGUCGCCACUCACCAGUGAAACUUCAUCUGGAGUUGAACGAGCAACGGAAACAGAACAAGCCUCGUCGCCACUCACCAGUGAAACUUCAUCUGGAGUUGAACGAGCAACGGAAACAGAACAAGCCUCGUCGCCACUCACCAGUGAAACUUCAUCUGGAGUUGAACGAGCAACGGAAACAGAACAAGCCUCGUCGCCACUCACCAGUGAAACUUCAUCUGGAGUUGAACGAGCAACGGAAACAGAACAAGCCUCGUCGCCACUCACCAGUGAAACUUCAUCUGGAGUUGAACGAGCAACGGAAACAGAACAAGCCUCGUCGCCACUCACCAGUGAAACUUCAUCUGGAGUUGAACGAGCAACGGAAACAGAACAAGCCUCGUCGCCACUCACCAGUGAAACUUCAUCUGGAGUUGAACGAGCAACGGAAACAGAAGAAGCCUCGUCGCCACUCACCAGUGAAACUUCAUCUGGAGUUGAACGAGCAACGGAAACAGAAGAAGCCUCGUCGCCACUCACCAGUGAAACUUCAUCUGGAGUUGAACGAGCAACGGAAACAGGGAUAUUGUGCAUCUAUUAUAAUUGUUCAACUAAUAAUGGUAACGAUAAUAUCAACGCAAUCUGUGAUGAUUACGAGAAAUACACUUGUGACAAACACUAUAAAACUGAUCAUCCUGAUAAUCUAACAGUUACGGUAGACGAUGUCGUCAUGAAAAUGUUUGAAAUAACGGAAAACCAAGAUGUACCGAAUAUCAAAGCAGCUGAAAUGUUCUACAAAACAUGCACCCAAGCCCUUUCGGUGAAAAACGAGUUCAUUACUACAAAAGUUAUUGAUCUAAUAGAACUAGUUUUCAGUGGAUGGCUGAUGUCAUCAGAUGGCACACAGCAGUACGAUCUCAUAGAAAAAUUUAUUAGAAGUUGGAAAUUCAAUCUGACCGCUUCAAUUUUACCAUUGAUAUUUCAAGGUGGAAGAACCACUUUGUUUUCCUUGAACCUAAUCGGCGACUAUUCUCAAGAGGAUAAUUCAAUAAUUUAUGUAAGAUUUCAAACACCACAUGUUUUUGAUUAUUUUCAUGCACCAUGUACUUCCAAGUACAUAGUUUAG